AAAUUUCUACAUCUUCAUUAAUAAUAUAAUUUUCUGAAAUUAAGUCAAGUCCGAUGGCUUGACACUUUUGUUUUAUUGAUUUUCGUUGUCACAACAAUUUUUCUCACAACUACGCUAUAAUAUAACAACUUAUCUUUUAUUUUUGACUUUACACGAAUAAUGUAAUUAAUUUAAUCGUUGGAAUCAUUGUAAAACGGCCAUUUUAUCAUAUUGAAAAAUUUCUAUCUACAAAAUUUUUCAACAUUAUUGAUUUGGUCAAUGGUCAUGGUCAACUUCGGUUUUUAUUCAACUUUCCUACCACCUUCUUUACCACAUCACAUGUCCACACAUGGAUGAUGGACUUGUUUGUUAUGUUAAAUAAACUAAUUCAUUAUGUCUCAUUGCAUUUUUCUCUACCAAAUAUAGUCUAACAUCUUGGAUAUUUGUUAGGUAUAUACCCUUUUUUCCUUUAUCACACUAAUGAGUAGUUCUCUUAUGAAACCAUGACUAAAAUGUAAUUCAGUUGUCUAUCUUUAUCAUCACUAUUCAUCACCAUGGCCAUGUUUAGGCGUCGUGGGUCACAACGACAACAACAAGAACAAGAACAUCAUGAGCUUCAUCCUGAGUCUAAGAUCAAUGAGCUUAAAGCAGCAAUUGGUCCUCUUUCUGGGUGUAGUUUAUUAUAUUGUACUGAUGCAUGCUUGAAAAGAUAUCUUGAAGCACGAAAUUGGAAUGUAGAGAAAGCAAAAAAGAUGUUGGAAGAGACCCUUGCGUGGAGAUCUACCUAUAAGCCUGAAGAAAUCCGUUGGAAUGAGAUCGCUAAAGAGGGCGAAACCGGGAAAGUAUUCAAAGCAAAUUUCCAUGACCGUUUUGGAAGAACCGUUCUCAUAAUGAGACCAGGACGACAGAACACAACAUCAAUGGACAACCAAAUCAAACAUCUAGUGUACUUGAUAGAAAACGCAAUCCUUUAUCUUCCAGAAGGCCAAGAAGAAAUGGUAUGGCUCAUAGAUUUCACCGGAUGGUCUCUUAGGACCAAUGUCUCAAUUAAAACCGCACGCGAAACCAUCAACAUUUUACAAAAUCAUUACCCUCAAAGGCUAGCCGUUGCCUUUCUCUAUAGCCCACCACGCCUUUUUGAAGCAUUUUGGAAGGUUGUUAAGUACUUCUUGGAUCCGAAAACAUUCCACAAGGUGAAAUUUGUGUACUUGAAGAAUAAAGAGAGUGUGGCGCUAAUGGAAUCUUGUUUUGAUGUGGAUAAUCUUCCAACUGAAUUUGGUGGAAAGGCGACUAUGAAGUAUGAUCAUGAAGAAUUCUCGAGAUUGAUGAUCCAAGAUGACGUUAAAACCGCUAAAUUUUGGGGUUUGGACAAAAAUACCCUUGUGGAAACUAACGGGCAUGCUACUCCAGCAUUGGUUGCAUAAGAGUUGAGUCACUUGAAUGGUUACAAUUGUUGUAUAAAGUUUAUAUAGACAGGAUCAAUUUGUGAUGUUUUUCCUGAAUUUUGUUGAGGAACUUUGAAUUCUCUAUCUAUUGGUGAAGUUUGAUGCUUCUAUUAUUCCUAAUGGAACUUUGUACUCCGUUUUAUAUAUGUUUUUUCAAAAGUGAUUAUUGUGUUUUUGGGGUUUAUAAAUAUCAAAUCAUA